GUGAGAUUGAACUAAAAUUUAUCGAUUUUAAUUUCUUUUAUUGUAUUAAAGCUAUAAUUUAAUUGUAAAUUGUAAUUGAUAUUAUAAACUAACUUUACCCACACGAUGGCAGAAUUACUGCUAGAUCCCAAUAUACGAGGAUGGGUGUUUCUUCCCAUAGUAAUAAUCACCUUUUUAGUUGGAAUAGUUCGACACUAUAUUUCUAUUAUUCUAUCUUCUCAAAAGAAGAUCGAGUUAUUGCAGGUUCAGGACAGUCAAGUGAUGAUCAGAGCGCGGCUGCUCCGCGAGAACGGGAAAUACCUCCCGCGGCAGUCGUUCGCGAUGCGCCGCCACUGGUUCAACAACGAGGAGACUGGCUACUUCAAGGUGCAGAAGAGGGCUCCGGCAUCACAGAAUCCCAUGACUGACCCCAGUAUGAUGACGGACAUGCUGAAGGGCAAUGUGACCAAUGUACUGCCCAUGAUCAUCAUCGGAGGCUGGAUCAAUUGGAUGUUCAGUGGUUUCCUGACAACCAAGGUGCCCUUCCCGCUGACACUUCGCUUCAAGCCAAUGUUACAGCGUGGUGUGGAACUCAUGUACCUGGACGCCUCCUGGGUGUCAUCUGCCUCGUGGUACUUCCUCAACGUUUUCGGCCUGCGGACCAUCUACACACUUGUACUGGGAGAGAAUAAUGCCGCGGACCAGUCAAAGAUCAUGCAAGAGCAGAUGUCAGGCGCGGCCAUGGCCAUGCCUCCGGACCCGAAGGCCGCCUUCAAGGCCGAAUGGGAGGCGCUCGAGAUCACCGAGCACAAGUGGGCGCUCGCCAACGUCGAGACUGAACUGCUCACGGAGGCCAAAUAAACAAUAAACACUUUGGACUCCAAAGGAGGAUUUUUGCAAAAGGAUUGCUCUAUGAAUUUCAUAUAGGCCCUUUUUAAAAGACACUCCUUAUAAAACGUGGUAGAAGAUAUUGUGACUAUUGAGUGACCUUUUCAGAGUGUUACAAACGACCAUCUGAGGUGUUGAUGAUUUAUGUUUCUCUAGUACCUUAAUUACUUGUAAAGUAAUAGCUGAGUUUUCAUACAAUUACUUCGUGACCUUCGUGUACCUCCUUUGGAGUCACAAGAUGGUCUAUCUAUACUAUUGUGUCACAAUCACUGACCACUUUUAUAUUAACGUAAAUAGUUGCAAUUCUUGUAUUUAUACUUACAUUUUAAUUAAUUUUAAGUAUUUUAUGGUACGGGGGAGAAAGUAAUAAAUUAACUAUCUAAAUA